AUGUCUGCCUCUUCGAGAAUCCCACCAAUCGCCGCUCCAUUCGUCAGUGAGAGAGCUAGAAAGACUCUCGAUCUUGUCGAGGAGUUUGUCGAGAAGGAAUGUAUCCCCGCAGAUGCUCUCUUCCAAGCACAACUAGGCCAAGGCGAAGAAAGAUGGAAGCGCACGCCAGCCAUUCUGGAGGAGCUCAAGGUCAAGGCCAAGAAGCUCGGUCUCUGGAAUAUGUUCUUGCCAAAGAACCACUUCAAGGAGGGUGCUGGUUUCAGCAAUGUUGAAUACGGAUUGAUGGCCGAGAUUCUUGGAAAGAGCCGUGUGGCUAGCGAGGCUACGAAUAACGCUGCCCCGGAUACUGGCAACAUGGAGGUCCUCGCCAAGUACGGAAAUGAGGCCCAGAAGAAGCAGUGGCUAGAGCCAUUGUUGGAGGGAAAGAUUCGCUCCGCUUUCCUCAUGACUGAGCCCGAGAUUGCUUCCAGCGAUGCCACCAACAUUCAGCUUGACAUCAGACGAGAGGGUAAUGAAUACGUGCUCAACGGCCAGAAAUGGUGGUCAUCUGGUGCUGGAGACCCAAGAUGCAAGAUCUACAUUGUCAUGGGCAAGAGCGAUGCCAGCAACCCAGAUACAUACAAGCAGCAAUCCGUCAUCCUUGUUCCCGCUGAAACUCCAGGAAUCACCAUUCACCGCAUGUUGAGCGUUUAUGGCUAUGACGAUGCUCCUCAUGGCCAUGGUCACAUUUCUUUCAAGAACGUCCGCGUUCCUGCCAGCAACAUGGUUCUCGGCGAAGGCCGCGGUUUCGAAAUCAUCCAGGGCCGUCUUGGACCCGGACGUAUUCACCACGCCAUGCGUGCCAUCGGUUCCGCCGAAAAGGCCCUUGAAUGGCUCAUCGCCCGCGCCAACGACGAGAAGAAGAAGCCAUUCGGUGCCAAGCUCUCUUCGCAUGGUGUCAUUCUUGAAUGGAUCGCCCGGUCCCGCAUUGACAUCGAUGCUUCCCGCCUCGUCGUCCUCAAUGCUGCCGUAGCCAUCGACAACGCCAAUGCCAAGGCUGCCCUGAAGGAAAUCGCUGAGGCCAAGGUUCUUGUUCCUCGUGUCGCCUUGGAGGUCAUUGACCGUGCCAUCCAGGCUUAUGGCGGCAUGGGUGUGUGCCAGGAUACACCUUUGGCAUCUAUGUGGGCUCAUGCUCGUACGCUGAGACUCGCCGACGGCCCGGAUGAGGUACACUUGAGCCAGAUGGGCAGACGGGAGAAUAAGCAGCGAGAAGGGCCUACGACUGCGAAGUUGACAUGGCAACAGCAAGAGACUGAGAGGUUAUUGAUGGCCAAUGGAUAUGGCAACAAGCCUCAGCUGUAA